GACAGGCCGGCCAGUGCCCCGGUGUGUGCGGUGCUGGGUGAGGGGAUACGCAGAGCCCCGCGACCCCGGCCACCCAGCCUUCCUCAAGCCUCUGCGCGGGAUCCGGGGGUGAUACAAGAUGCCUUUGAAUGAUGAGAAGCAGUGUGUGAACGAGGACCAGCAGAGUGAUUCAGAGUCUUCUCGGUUCUCCGAAAGCAUGGCUUCGCUCAGUGACUAUGAGUGUUCCAGGCAGAGCUUCACCAGCGAUUUCUCCAGCAAAUCCAGCUCUCCUGCCUCAACAAGCCCUCCCGGGGGUGUGACGUUCGAUGACGUGAUGGCUGCUGCGAAGAACUUAUCAGACAUGACUCUUGCUCAUGAAAUAGCUGUGAAUGAGAACUUCCAAUUGAAGCAAAAUGCCCUCCCAGAGAACAGCCUUGCUGGUCAAGUGAAGCGUGUUGUUCACCAGGCCUUCUGGGAUGUCUUGGAAGCAGAUCUCAGUGCCGAGCCCCCCCAAUAUGAGUAUGCCAUCAGACUGUUUGAAGAAAUCAGAGAGACUCUCCUCUCUUUUCUCACUCCUGGUGGGAACAGGCUUCACAAUCAGAUCUGUGAAGUUUUGGACAUUGACCUCAUUAGACAGCAGGCCGAGCACAGUGCUGUUGAUAUUCAAGGUCUGGCCAACUAUGUCAUCAACACGAUGGGAAAGAUGUGUGCUCCUGUGAGAGAUGAAGAUAUCAGAGAGCUGAAGGCUACUACCAACAUCGUGGAGAUGCUGAGACAAAUAUUCCGUGUUUUGGACCUCAUGAGACUGGACAUGACGAAUUUUGUCAUUAGGAAUAUUAGACCUUACAUUCAACGUGAUUUGGUGGAAUAUGAGAGAAACAAAUUUCAGGAAAUUUUGGAAGAAACUCCAAAUGCCCUUAGUCAAACUACGGAAUGGCUGAAAGAGUCAAUGGAUGAAGAAUUCCUUUCUGAGACUGCUGUAGCUCCCAGAGCUGAACAGAGUCCCACCCCAAGCCUAAGCCCUCUGUUGGUGCUGAAUAAUUGUUACUUGAAACUACUUCAGUGGGAUUAUCAGACAAAGGUCUUACCAGAGACACUGGUGACAGAUGGGACACGACUUCAGGAGCUGACAGAGAAGCUGAAUCAAUUGAAAAUGAUUGCCUGCUUGUCCCUAAUUACCAACAACAUGGUGGGUGCUGUCACAGAAGGCCUGCCUGAGCUUGCAAACAGGCUCAAACGGAUCUCAGCUGUUCUACUUGAAGGCAUGAAUAAAGAGACCUUUAAUUUGAAGGAAGCCCUGAAUUCUAUUGGUGUUCAGACUUGUGCUGAAGUUAAUAAGGCCCUGAAAGAGAGAGACUUGCCUACUUUAAAUGCUGAGGUCCAAGCUAAUCUUGUCGGUCAGUUUUCAAGCCUUGAAGAGAAGGGCAAUCCUGUCUGCACCUUGAUGGAUAAACGGAUCCAGAUGUACAUGAAAAGCUUACUCUGUCUUCCAAGUAAUCCGAAGAGCAUGCCUCCCGUGCCAGGGGGCCUUGGUGUCAUUCAGCAGGAGCUGGAAGUGCUUGGCUGUCAAUAUGCAAACAUCGUGAACCACAACAAGCAGGUGUAUGGACCAUUUUAUGCAAAUAUAUUCCGACAGCUGCUCUUCCGGAAUGAAGCUGUGGGGAAGAUAGAGACUUCACUUCCAGCUAACUGAAGAGAGGCUGGCACUGGAAAAGAGUUGGAGAUCAGCACUCGGUACACUGUUUCUGUUAGUGGCAUUGUAGAUGGCACAUUCUCAGUGCUGUCCCUAGAGUACUGUUAGACAGAAUCUGUGUAAUCCGGUCAUGUUAGCAUCACAGAAGGGCCAUAUAUCCAUAGACUCCUUUGUGUAUCAUUUUCAAGUUCAAGGCAGACAUUUCUAAGGAAGAAAAGUAAUUUGUAAUGAAUUAUAUCACCUAUACAAUACUGGUGUUUUCUUAAACAUUUAUAUUGAGUAUUUCUAUGUGGCUUGUUCAUUCAACCUGAAAGGAGUUGGUUUUUGUUUAUAUACUUGAUUAUACUGCAGUUGCCUGAAGGGAUAUAUAUAAUGUGCAAACAUUUAAAAUUACAUUGAAAAUGAA